AUGCCCCAGGUGGACCACAAGGACUUGAGGCACAUCAAGGAGUACCUGACAGAGGCGAAGGCGUCUUACCCCUGUCACUCAUUGCCAGAGAUCACCCGCACCCCAUGCUGGACCAAGUUUUACACCAACUUCAAGAUGCAAACAGACCCUGGGGAGGUUGCUUUCCUCACCACACAGGCCCAGACAUACCAGCCCUGGCCCUUCCAGCCCCGGCCCACUCCCAUCCGACACCCAGAGGCCGCCAAGAUGAUCCAACAUGUGGGAAAGCUCCCAGAAAGCACCAACAAAGCCUCCUUCACCCCACACCGUCAUUGUCCUGUUGUAAAAGCUACGGCUAAACAUCUAGAAGAGGGCUUUCCCACAAUCAAAGGAGACGGGCGCCGUCACAGUUUUGUCUCCCAGUACAACAACACCUUCCAGGGAGUCUGGAGCACAGCGCCUACACCUGUGGAAACGCACUCCUCAGUGGUUAUUGGUGAUCCUGUGAAGAUUGUAGAGAGAGAGACGACCCACGCUGCGUCAUUCAGCCGGCCCUCUGUCUGCAGGUCACCUGUGGUGAAGGAGCGUUUGAAGCUCAAACGUGGUAAUUUCCCGAAGGACUUAUGGUCGUCAUCAUCGAGAGAAGCCUUUUGUCACCACAAGCUGGGAGAUCCAGUUGUUAUGACCAGGAGGAACCACAAUUCCAGUUCAUUACCUGAUGGGGACACUGAUAAAACGCGCAACAAAGAGAGGAUGUCUGUCACCACCAACAGCAUCUCCUUCUCUGAUCUGAACCACACAGAGCGUCCAGUGUUUGUGCCCGGGGCUGACCUGAUGACCAAGAGCCAUGUACAGUUCAGCCCACCCUGUCUGUCGGGCCUGUACUACACAACCACGACCACAGAGCACUACAACAAACAGGACGGAGAGCGGGCCAGACCAGCCGCCCAGCUGCCGAGCAACAUACUGAGUGGACCAGGACAUGAGUUGAACCGCAGCACCACCCAGACUGAUUACCUCCCUUUGAAGACCUGCAGACAGACACCUUGUCUGUCACAGCAGAGGAGCAACAUCAAGUUUCCGCUGGUCCAUCAGCACGUCAGCACCACCCACAGUGAAGACUACACAACCAAACCGUUGAUCUUGCAGCGUCCUGGCAUCGACCAGUUCUGCACUCAUUUGGUGAUAGAGUGACUGAGAAACACGACUUGGUCACUUGCUGUUAUGUUCUUGCCCAGCGCCUGAUAAAAGAUAUCAGUCAAAUCAAGAAUAGUUUUGCUGAAAUUUUUACAGAUUUGUUUCAAAUAUGCAGCAUAUUACACAUAUUUGACAUGCUUUGGAUUUUUGGAGUUUGUGUUUCUG